AUGGCAGCUGCAUUUACAGCGCUUUCAUGCUUUGAUCUAUUCCAUAAUUAUACAGCUGAUUGUAUAUUCCAUGGACAUAAGCAUAAAGAAACCUGGACAGAUCCGUUACUACCCUGUAAGAAGUUCAAAUGUGUCAAUGGACUUGUCCAAACAAAUUAUAUAGGGUGUAUAUACAAAGAUCCUAAGAAUCCUGAAAUUGAAAGAUGUCACUUACCAGGGGAGAGAUGGAAAGAAGGCUGUUCUUCCAGAACUUGUACAUACUUUGAAGAUUAUCGUAAUGGGAGGAAAGUACAUUUCUAUGUUAUUGAUGGCCAAGCAUGGUGUUUAUCACAGGAGCAAGAAUGUAAAGCACCAGAAGAAGUCUGGGAGUAUGAUUGUGACCAGUAUAAAUGUAUCGGGGAAGAUCAGAUCUAUGUCAAAACAGCAAGGAUAGAGAAAAUUGGAAAAGUACCUAAUUGUGAAUGUUGUAAAUACAAAGGUAAUUGUUACAAAAAUGGUGCAUCAUGGCCUGGUACUAACUGUACAGAACAUUACUGUGAUUUACUUCCUGGAGACAAUGGAGAAACGUUGACUGUCAUUACUUCUGUACCAGGAUGCACUUUUCAAGGAAAGUGUUAUAAGUUUGAGGAGACAGUUGUCAAUAACUGUUUCAUUUUUGAAUGUACAACACAAGAAAGUAUGAAUGUGAAAUGGGAGACAAUUAAAAAAGCAUGUCCUGUUGGUAAUAGAUGUGUCAAUAUGUAUGACACAUGGAGAAAUGAAUCUAACUGUAUGGAAUAUUAUUGUAAUGGUAAUGCUACAACAAUAUCUAAACAAUAUGGUUGUAUAGUUGAUGGCAACAAAUGUAUACCUUAUGGAGGUUACUACUGUGAUGACCUCUGUUACUACAGACAAUGUUAUUUAAAGGUUGAUCAAGAAGUAAGAGAAGUUGUACGAGGCGGCUGUAAAGGACUUACUGGGAAAUGCUAUUCCUAUGGAGAGACAGGAUUUUCUAAAGAAACAAAUGGAGAAACUUUUUUAAAUUGUACUUGCAUACAGAGAGGGAGCACAGGAUCUAUAGCAAUAUGUUCAGGUUCCAGUUCAUCAGGUAACCUGACAUAUUAUUUAGAAGACUCGGGCAAUGGUCACACAUAUGUUAGAAAAGAUAUGAACAUGGAUAACUCUAAUUAUGGCGAAACAAAUUAUGCAAACUCUGUAGGGACUAACAUGUAUAGUACAAGUAGUGCUCUCACCACUCCGUAUUAUGAUGUGACGGGUAGCAAACUUAAUUCUGAAUAUAUGAAUGACAAAGAUUUAACAAAUAACAAAGUUACAAAAGUUCCAUCAUAUAAUGAAAAUGGAGAUCUGCAUGAGCCAUACCACAUUCCUGUCGUACAAUUAGAUGAUGGCAUUGGGGUCACACCGGGCAAAGAAUUAGUUCAAACCGGGAAACAGGAAUAUUCUGACAAAAAUGUUCAGAAUCUUCAUAUUUUAGGUAUAAAUGAUAUACCUCACUAUGAUCAAGAUAACGGUCUAUUUACCGACUUUGACGGAACAGGAGGAUACGAUGAAGGUACCGGAUCUGUUACAACUAGUGAAAUAGAGAAUGGCGUAGCGUAUGGAGAUCCAGGAGUACUGGGAGAAAACACAGUGAAAAGUUAUGGGACAGAGGUGGAUAAUUAUGGUAGAUCAGAUAUAUGA